CACCCUUCUCCUCUUUGACAAUACAUUGGGUCCUUCGUUUAGCGCCAGUUUAGAUUUUCCUCUGUGUGAGGAAGCAGUUAGUCGAUUCUGUGAAUGAAAUGAAUUACCGCCUGGUUUGGUCGGGAAGACGGUCCUAAAGAAAACAAAGUAAUAUUUUAUGAGGUUCUAAUAUUUGGUUUGGUGUCACCGGCAGCAGAAGACAGGAACCCGAGCAGCGACGAACGUAGAUUCACAGAUAAUUAAACUUUUUUUCAUGUCAGAAUUGCCAUCUGAGAUCAGCUGCAGUCAGCACCUCUAAAAUGGACAGUGAGGACGACCUGGACAUUCUGACCGCGCUCCUGGACGAGAGCGAGGAAACCGGCGAACCGCAGGCAGACGAUUUGGACGGGCUGUUCGAUGAGGACAACGGAGACGAUGCAGAGUACAAAGAGGACGGCGAGGGGACGGACGCCGUGUCGGAACUCUUUGGGGACGUUGAGGACAUUGAAAACGAGGAGAAGGACGUGAAGGGAGAAGGAAGUGAGAGAGAAUCCUGCCCCGACUUGGACAGGUCCAAAGAGGAUUUGCAAGAGGAGCUGAGGAGGAUGCAGGAACAGAUGCAGAAGCUGCAGCAGCAGCUGCAGGCGACUCAGAACAGUUCAGCUUCUCCCAAAGCAGGGAGAUCAAAGCCAACACCGAGCCAGAACCCAGCGUCCAAACCGAGCCGGGCCAAAGCUGAACUACAAGCAGUUUCAGCGUCUUUAUCCGCUCCGGCCACAGGGGGGAGCUCCAAGCUGCAGGAAUCCUCAGACUUCCUCUCUCAGCUCAGCAACGCAGACUCAUUCAAACGUAAACUAAGAGUGGCUCACCAAGCCAGAGCUUCACCUCCAGAGUAUAGGAAACCACUGGUGGAGGUGAAGAUCGGCAGCUCCUUCCAACCACUAGAGAGCGCCAGCGAGCCGUGCGAUCGCCUGCUCUCACCCCCUCCCUCCCACACUCGAACCACAGCGGGUGGAGAACCUAAACCAUCUAAGCCAGCGGCUCUGCCUCCUGUUCCUAAAGACAUAGGGGUGGAGAAGUACUCAGGACUGCGGCUCAGGAAGCCGCGGGUUUCCUCAAGCGAGAUGGAGCGAAAGAUGGCCGACCGGCGGCUGAUCCGGCUGUCCCAGGUGCCGGAGCGGCUGAAGCGGGAGAAGCUGGAGGACAGCGACUGGGUGACGUUCGCCGUGCUGGUCAGCAAAGCUACGCCCCAAAGCAGCAGCAGUGGCAAAACCUUCAGCGUCUGGAAGCUGAACGACCUCCACAACCUGGACGUGUUUGUGUCCCUGCUGCUGUUCGGUGACGUCCACAAGGAGCACUGGAAGAUGGAACCUGGCACGGUCAUAGGAAUCCUGAACCCCAACCCCAUGAAGCAGAGAGACGGCUACGACGGGGUCAGUCUGACGGUAGAUCAUCCUCAGAAGGUUCUGGUGAUGGGGGAAGCUCUGGACUUUGGGACCUGCAAGGCAGUGAAGAAGAGCGGGGAGCCGUGCUCUCAGAUCGUUAACAUGUACGAGUGCCAGUACUGCCAGUACCACGUCAAGGCCCAGUACCAGAAGAUGAGCUCCAAGAGGGCCGAGUUGCAGUCGUCGUUCUCCGGGAAAGCCCCCAACCGGGUGAAGGGGAGCGGGAAGGGGGGCAGCCUGAGAGAGCGUCUGUGUCAGGACGGCUUUUACUACGGGGGGGUCUCCUCUGCUGCCUGCGCCGCCUCCCUGACUGCAUCUAAACCGACCAAACCGGUCCAGAAAACCCUGGAUAAGCUGUUUGUGAGAGGAUCGGCUCAGCUCAUCAGUCAGGCCAAGAAGAUCGGUAUGCAGUCCGGGGAAGUUUCUGGAUGCUCCAACGAGUUUAAGAGCCUGAUGACGAUACCAACCCCAGGAGCUCUGCAGCUGAAGAAACACCUGGAGCAGGACAACCAGCUGGCCUCCAGAAAUACAUCCGGAGCUGCGCUUCAGUCCAUCUCUGCGUCCGACCUCUUAAAGCAGCAGAAACAGAAGCAGCGGGAGCUCCUGGAGAGCCGCCGGCACAGAGUCCAGCAGAGGGCGCCGCAGAACCCAGGAAGCACCGCUACAACGCCGGGCCGAGCCGGUCUGACGUCCCCAAAGGCUGCCUCGGAGGUUCCCACGGCGACGUCGGAUGCCCCGACAUUGGGCCGCGGCUUCUCCAAAGGGGACGACAUUCUCUUCUUUGACAACAGCCCGCCUCAGGCUCCGCCCCCUAGCGCUCUCAGCCUAUCAGCCGCCAAGCUGGCCGCUCUGAAGAAGCUGAGGGGGAAAGGGGCGGUGCUGGAGAGGGAAGACCCCAACGCCGUGAAGAGGAAGAGGAGCGACAGCAGCGACAUCAACACCCGAGUAGAGAAGAAUCGGACGUCCCCAAAUGGCGGGUCGUCCGGUAACGAGGAGGAGGAGCCCGCCCUGAAAAAGAAACGUGAGCAGCAGCGCUACGUCGAGUCCGAGGAGUUCCAGAAGAUCCUCAGCGCCAAAUCUCGUCACAGCGUCGCGCUCCAAGCGUCAGAGUACCAGCUGCAGGAGCGCUACUUCAAUGUUCUGGUGAAGAAGGAGCAGAUGGAGGAGAAGAUGAAGGCAAUCAGAGAGAUGAAGUGUCGGGCUGUCACCUGCAGAAAGUGCAGCUACACCUACUUCAAGCCGGCGGAUCGCUGCGUGACUGAGAACCAUGAGCUGCGGUGGCACGACGCCGUCAAGCGCUUCUUCAGAUGUCCCUGUGGACAGAGGGCCAUCGCUCUGGACAGACUGCCACACAAACACUGCAGCAACUGUGGGCUGUUUAAAUGGGAGCGAGACGGGAUGCUGAAGGAGAAAACUGGACCCAAGAUUGGAGGAGAGCUUCUCCAGCCUCGAGGAGAGGAGCACGCCAAGUUCCUCAACAGCUUGAAAUGAACUCUCACCACCGAGAGGAACGAGUGUUAAGUUUGUAUAAUUAUGUAGCAACAUUUUUUUAAAUCAAAUUUUAAAUUUAAAUGUUUUUUUAAAGAAUAUUCAGACGUUUCAGGUAUUGAAUUUGUAAACAGGCUGAAUAAAGCAAGACUUUACAAAGUGUCAUG